UUUGUAUUAUGUUCACAAUGGAACUUAGAGUCUGUGAGUCUACAGUCUGAACUCUGCAGAGAUCGGAGCUGCAGAGUCUGAACCUCAGCUGCUCUGACUCGGUGUCAUGAGUCCAACCAGCUGUUAACUCGUCUCUUCUUCCAUUGAUCAACAUUCUGUUCUCACAGAAUGAAAGACAGAUGUCUGUGUUCAAGUCUCUGGUUGUGUGGAUCCUCAUCACGUGGACUCUCACCACAGCAGAUGAUGAGGUCUCCUGCGUUUUAGAGGAGAGCUGCAUCUUACCCUGCAGUUUUCUGCCUGGUCCAGACCCAAUCAUUUACUGGAUGCAGGUGGAACCAGGAAACACUCGUGUCCACUCCUACUACAGUGACAGAGACCAGUUUGCACACCAGGGCGAACGCUUCAGAGGCCGGACAUCGCUGUUCACAGAUCAGAUCUCCAGAGGAAACGCCUCCAUCAGGCUGACGGGGCUGCAGCUUCAGGACCAGGGCAAAUACGAGUGCUACAUCACCAUCACUGGAGUCACGGAGGAGUCAGUUAUCAACCUGAGAGCAGCUGCUCCGGUGCGUCACGUGGACAUUGAGCAGGUGGAGGACAGCUUCACCUGCCGCUCAGAGGGGAUCUACCCCGAGCCGCAGCUCACCUGGUCCACCAGGCCUCCGUCCAGCUUCACCCUUCAGAACCAAACCACAGUGAAGGAGACGGAGCAGCAGCUCUAUGAGAUCAGCAGCACACUGACACUGUCAGACAGAGACACUGUUCUGAUCUGCAACAUCAGCACUCGCCAUGGCAGGAGGAGCGCGGUGUGGUAUCAACCCACUCCCGUCCGUGUGUCACCGUUUAAAACAACAUCAACAAUCCACUGCACUGCUCCAAACACCAAACCCCCGACACACUGGGUGUGGAAAUUCAACCACAGGCAGAUCAUUGUGAACCAGACCGGGGUCGACGGCCUCCACAGCGUCUCAGAGCAGUGGAGGCAGCAGGUGGAGGAUGUGUCAGCGUCAGGCAGCCUCACGCUGCACCACUUAUCUUCAGAUCACCAGGGAACGUUCACCUGUGAACUCAGUAGUGAAGAGGAGACGCACUUCAUCAACAGCUACGUGACGAUAGAGAAAGGUUCAGUUGCAGCAGUUGUGGUCGUAGUCCUCGUUGUGUUUGUAGCAUUAGGAGCUGGAGCAGGAUUCCUCUACUUUACAAGACUAAAGAUGCCUCAGAGGACACAUUUAAAACUCGGUGAAGGUGAACUCUCAAAGAUUCGGUGUGAAGACGUGGCCUCAGCUCUGAAGUCAGACCCCUCACUUCUGAGAGAACUGGAUCUGAGUAAAAACGAGCUGCUGGAAUCAGAAGUGAAGCUGCUGUGUUCUGGACUGGAGAGUCCAAACUGUCGACUGGAGUCUCUGAGGCUGUGGCGCUGCAGUCUGUCAGAGAUCAGCUGUUCUUCUCUGGCUUCAGCUCUGAGGUCAAACCCCUCUCAUCUGAGAAAACUGGUUCUGACUGACAACAACCUGCAGGACUCAUCAGUGGAGGAGCUGUGUGGUUUUCUACAGAGUCCAACCUGUCGACUGGAGAAUCUGAGGUUGGAGAGAUGCAGACUGUCAGAGAUCAGCUGUUCUUCUCUGGCUUCAGCUCUGAGGUCAAACCCCUCUCAUCUGAGAGAACUGUUUCUGAGUGGAAACGACCUGCAGGACUCAUCAGUGGAGGAGCUGUGUGGUUUUCUACAGAGUCCAACCUGUCGACUGGAGACUCUGAGGUUGAAGUCCUGCCGUCUGUCACAGAUCAGCUGUUCUUCUCUGGCUUCAGCUCUGAGGUCAAACCCCUCUCAUCUGAGAGAACUGGAUCUGAGUAACAACGACCUGCAGGACUCAGCAGUGAAGGAGCUGUGUGGUUUUCUACAGAGUCCAACCUGUCGACUGGAGACUCUGAGGUUGAAGUCCUGCCGUCUGUCACAGAUCAGCUGUUCUUCUCUGGCUUCAGCUCUGAGGUCAAACCCCUCUCAUCUGACAGAACUGGAUCUGACUGACAACGACCUGCAGGACUCAGCAGUGGAGGAGCUGAGUGGUUUUCUACAGAGUCCAACCUGUCGACUGGAGACUCUGAGGUUGAAGAGCUGCAGUCUGUCAGAGAUCAGCUGUUCUUCUCUGGCUUCAGCUCUGAGGUCAAACCCCUCUCAUCUGAGAAAACUGGAUCUGAGUGUCAACUACCAGCUGGACUCAGCAGUGGAGGAGCUGAGUGGUUUUCUACAGAGUCCAACCUGUCGACUAGAGACUCUGAGGUUGAUGAACUGCAGUCUGUCAGAGAUCAGCUGUUCUUCUCUGGCUUCAGCUUUGAGGUCAAACCCCUCUCAUCUGAGAGAACUGGAUCUGAGUGAAAACGGCCUGGAGGACUCAUCAGUGAAGGAGCUGUGUGGUUUUCUACAGAGUCCAACCUGUCGACUGGAGACUCUGAGGUUGGAGAACUGCAGUCUGACAGAGAUCAGCUGUUCUUCUCUGGCUUCAGCUCUGAGGUCAAACCCCUCUCAUCUGAGAGAACUGGAUCUGAGUAACAACAGCCUGCAGGACUCAGCAGUGGAGGAGCUGUGUGGUUUUCUACAGAGUCCAACCUGUCGACUGGAGACUCUGAGGUUGAUUCACUGCAGACUGUCAGAGAUCAGCUGUUCUUCUCUGGCUUCAGCUCUGAGGUCAAACCCCUCUCAUCUGAGAGAACUGGAUCUGAGUGACAACAAGCUGCAGGACUCAGCAGUGGAGGAGCUGUGUGGUUUUCUACAGAGUCCAACCUGUCGACUGGAGACUCUGAGGUUGGAGGACUGCAGACUGUCAGAGAUCAGCUGUUCUUCUCUGGCUUCAGCUCUGAGGUCAAACCCCUCUCAUCUGAGAGAACUGGUUCUGAAUGGAAACAAGCUGCAGGACUCAGCAGUGAAGGAGCUGUGUGGUUUUCUACAGAGUCCAACCUGUCGACUGGAGACUCUGAGGUUGUGGGACUGUAGUCUGUCAGAGAUCAGCUGUUCUUCUCUGGCUUCAGCUCUGAGGUCAAACCCCUCUCAUCUAAGAGAAUUGAAUCUGAGUGACAACUACAAGCUGCAGGACUCAGCAGUGGAGGAGCUGUGUGGUUUUCUACAGAGUCCAACCUGUCGACUGGAGAAUCUGAGGUUGUGGGACUGCAGUCUGUCAGAGAUCAGCUGUUCUUCUCUGGCUUCAGCUCUGAGGUCAAACCCCUCUCAUCUGAGAGUACUGGUUCUGAGUGGAAACGGCCUGCAGGACUCAGCAGUGGAGGAGCUGUGUGGUUUUCUACAGAGUCCAACCUGUGGACUGGAGACUCUGAGGUUGAAGAGCUGCAGUCUGUCAGAGAUCAGCUGUUCUUCUCUGGCUUCAGCUCUGAGGUCAAACCCCUCUCAUCUGAGAGAACUGGAUCUGAGCUUCAACAACAACCUGCAGGACUCAGCAGUGGAGGAGCUGUGUGGUUUUCUACAGAGUCCAACCUGUCGACUGGAGACUCUGAGGUUGAUUUUCUGCAGACUGUCAGAGAUCAGCUGUUCUUCUCUGGCUUCAGCUCUGAGGUCAAACCCCUCUCAUCUGAGAGAACUGGAUCUGAGUAGGAACAAGCUGCAGGACUCAGCAGUGGAGGAGCUGUGUGGUUUUCUACAGAGUCCAACCUGUCGACUGGAGACUCUGAGGUUGGAGAGCUGCAGUCUGUCAGAGAUCAGCUGUUCUUCUCUGGCUUCAGCUCUGAGGUCAAACCCCUCUCAUCUGAGAGAACUGGAUCUGAGCUUCAACAACCUGCAGGACUUAGCAGUGGAGGAGCUGUGUGGUUUUCUACAGAGUCCAACCUGUCAACUGGAGACUCUGAGGUUGGAGAACUGCAGUCUGUCAGAGAUCAGCUGUUCUUCUCUGGCUUCAGCUCUGAGGUCAAACCCCUCUCAUCUGAGAGAACUGGAUCUGAGCUACAACAACCUGCAGGACUCAGGAGUGAAGGAGCUGUGUGGUUUUCUACAGAGUCCAACCUGUCGACUGGAGACUCUGAGGUUGGAGAGAUGCAGACUGUCAGAGAUCAGCUGUUCUUCUCUGGCUUCAGCUCUGAAGUCAAACCCCUCUCAUCUGAGAGAACUGGCUCUGAGUGGAAACGACCUGCAGGACUCAUCAGUGGAGGAGCUGUGUGGUUUUCUACAGAGUCCAACCUGUCGACUGGAGACUCUGAGGUUGAUGAGCUGCAGUCUGUCAGAGAUCAGCUGUUCUUCUCUGGCUUCAGCUCUGAGGUCAAACCCCUCUCAUCUGAGAGAACUGGAUCUGAGUCAAAACAAGCUGCAGGACUCAUCAGUGAAGGAGCUGUGUGGUUUUCUACAGAGUCCAACCUGUCGACUGGAGACUCUGAGGUUGAUUCUCUGCAGUCUGUCAGAGAUCAGCUGUUCUUCUCUGGCUUCAGCUCUGAGGUCAAACCCCUCUCAUCUGAGAGAACUGGAUCUGAGUGACAAUGACCUGCUGGACUCAGGAGUGGAGGAGCUGUGUGGUUUUCUACAGAGUCCAACCUGUCGACUGGAGACUCUGAGGUUGAUUCUCUGCAGACUGUCAGAGAUCAGCUGUUCUUCUCUGGCUUCAGCUCUGAGGUCAAACCCCUCUCAUCUGAGAGAACUGGAUCUGACCUUCAACGACCUGCAGGACUCAGCAGUGGAGGAGCUGUGUGGUUUUCUACAGAGUUCAACCUGUCGACUGGAGACUCUGAGGUUGAGGUACUGCAGACUGUCAGAGAUCAGCUGUUCUUCUCUGGCUGCAGCACUGAGGUCAAACCCCUCUCAUCUGAGAGAACUGGAUCUGAGUCAAAACGACCUGCAGGACUCAGCAGUGAAGGAGCUGCUUGAUCUAAAGCAGAGUUCAACCUGUCGACUGGAGACUCUGAGGUGGAGGUGAUCUUAGUGGAGCUGAGUGUGAAGAGGACAGUGUGUGUGGACGGAGGCUGAGCUGUGUCCUGAGGAUCCAGAGGCUGAAGCAGCAGCAGCUUGUGUGUAGAGCGGCUCUGACUGGGCCUUGCUGCUGGGAGGCAGAGUGGAGACAGAGCUCCAGAGGAAUCAGAGGAGGUUGUUUUAAUAAGUAACUUCACCACUAGAUGGCCCUCGCUACCGAUUGUGUUUAUUCACAUGAAGAAUGUGUUUAUUGAAAUGACACAACACAAGCAGAAUAUAUAAACCCUCUGUAAAGAGUCACAUAUAUGUGUUUAAGUUUCCUUUAUUCUGUUCCACCUUUGUUCCUCAGUAUGUCUCCAUGUGUGUAGAGCCACAUUCUGUGUAUAUAUGUUUGUUAGUCUCUGGGUAUUGUAACAUAUUUAAUCGAAAACUGACCCGAGGACGUAUUAUACAAACGUAGAAGAAGAUUAUUUUUGUACGAUCUCGACCACCUCCUCAGAACAACCACAAGAGGGAGACUGUAGCAGGCCUUUAAUAUCCGGUAAUGUUUUUUGUAUUUGUUCAUAUUUUUAUGAAACUUUACUUCAUCGACUGUAAUGGCACAAUAGAUGUUUUAUUAAAAUAUAUUUUUAUAAA